AUUCAUUCUAAUGGGCUUGCAGAAGACAGACGCAAAAUUAUUGAAGCUAAUUAUUUUGGUAUCCAGCGAGAACCAUAAGUCCUGGAUGCUACAGCACUCCAGUGGCCAAUGCUCUUAAGCCAAGCAUUUGAUAUAUCAUUAUUUCAACUAUCUUUCAAACCAACACUGCACUCUUUAUAUAAGUCCCUACGACAUAUCAUUAAACAUACAACCAGUUCGAAUUGCCAAAGCAAACAAUAGGAGCGCUAGCAACACCUAGAUACUACGAUGCAGCUAUCGAAGUUGCUCAUCUGCGCGACAGUCAUUGCGCUCGCCGUUUUUCUCGAGUUGACUGCCGCUGUCUACGAAGCGACACAGCCGAGCACACUGACCAAAUACAUGACGCUGCGAACACUUUCGCGCCUCUUGUCCUUUGCUGCAGUCUACUGGGCUUCAAAGAGCUGGAAAACGUGGCAGAAGCUCGGUGCGUAUGCGGUGCAUCCAGCUAUUGCGCAUUUUGUUACCAAGGCGUAUGUUGAGAGCUUGAUGAUGGAACGGGGUUCGGGGUAGUGGUGAUGGCAGGGGAACCGGCAAAUGAGUAGUCAAGUGGCAGCAGAGUCUCAAAAACGACAUGAUUCGAGACGAACGAUAUUUAUGAAGCGGAACUCAGAGCGGCAGCAGGAAUAUAAAAAUGAAUCCCGCAGAGGUAUUCGAAAGGGUGACGCAAAGCUAUUUGGGCUGGCAUUGAUAGCUUUACAGUGGGGGCCAUAUAUGCUUACAAAAUGCCUUUUGAGCGUUCAAUGCCACAUAUUAGAUUCGAAAUUGGUUGUUUCAAAGGCUCUGCAAUUGUUACUCACUUACUGGGUUCGGCUUUCAAAGACAUUACAAUAUAAUUAAGAAUCAUUCGAUAUGUACAAUACAUAGGUAGUAUAAGAGCACUAGGA